AGGAUGUACGUAUGAUGAUGAUGGUAUGUUGAAACUGCAGCACCAGGCAACGGUCGCUCGGUCUUUGCCUUCGCUUCCUUCCAUGGCGUCGACCUCCGACCCGUCAAGAUCACCCGGCAACAAUGACUUCUCGGCGUCUCGCUUCAAAAAAACAGUUUGUCUCUACGAUUGGUGGUUGACGCAAGCUGCAGAUGAUUCUCAGGAAAAAACCCUUGCUGUUUCUGGCUUCGUUUCACCCAAGCAACAAUCUGUUCAACAAGUGGUUCGGGUGUUCAAGUCAGCUCCGAUCACUAAAAGAUAUGAUUUUUCAACUCUUGAAACGGCGAAUGGUGUUUGUGUUGUGGUGUCUGGGUUGAUAAAUAAGUCGCGUACUACAGAAAGUGGCUUCUCAUCUGAGAUUUUCAACAAUUUUGUGUUUGGAUUUCCUCCUAAUUGGGAAGAUUGUGCUUCAAAAUGCUUGGAGAAAGAAUUGAAGAUAGUUUCAAGACCAGGAGAGGAAUCUGUCUAUUUAUCAACAACGAGAGGUGGGAAUAGAAAAAGUGAAAUACAUGCAGAUAACUCGAUUAGGAAUGCACCUAUUGUUACCAGCAAAAGAGUUACCAGAUCGGGAAGCAAAUAUUCUGCUCUAUCAGGUUCAAUAGGUAUACCUGCAUGUCUACUUUGCCUGAAUUAA